ACUUCCGAUCGCGAUCUGGGCUGAUCCGGAUCGGAUUUCUCGAUCGCGAUCAGAAAUGUACCACGUGUGACUCCGGUAUAAGAGUUUAUCUGCUCACAAAACGGAAACGCUGAUCAGACAGCGAUAAGCUUUGACAUUCCGAUGAGCAGGACGGUCGAGGAAAGAGACGCACACAGCCUGCUUGUCAGAACAGGUGCGCGCUUCGACGGGAUGCUUGCGAUAACGGCAGAUCGCCGGAAGCGGCUGCGAGGACAAGCUACUAGGGCGCGAUCGGAGAUCGCUGUUCGGAGCGCGCGUUCGGUUUCGCCGCGCGCGAUGGACCGCGCCGACUUCGCGCGGCGGACGCGUUGGUUCUUUAUUCUCUGGUGAAACCACGAUGUGGAGGAAGCAGCCAGCGACCUGAACGGUAGGCCUGGUGGUUCCGAUGCGGAGUGAGUCACGGUUUACGAAUGGUGUACAUGAGUUCGUGGUCUUGUGUGUUGCUUUCCGCACGUGGUUACCGCUGGCCUGUGCUGCGCUGGCAGGCGUUACGAGGAUCGAAGCCGCACCAAAGGACUUAUCCACUUCCCUAUAUUCAAGGCCCUUCUAACCUCAUCGCUAGUCAUUGGAGUCUCUACAACCUGCUCAUUACUGCUUCGAAUGGAGCUAUCGUGGCUUCUCUGGGUACUGUACAGUUGCUGUAAAUCACCAGAGAGUUGACAGGACUUGGCAUUGGCAGACUGACCAUGGAGAACAAGUCGGUUGUUAGUCAGUCGUCUCCAAGACUCAACAUGACUCAUGGUUUCACGAAGAAGAUCCAAGAGAUGCUAAUGGAACAUCAUCGCGAGCUUGCACUAAAAAAUGGUGCGACAACAUCUGCAAGGCGUUCAUCCCGGCCCGGUGGUUCUCAGAAUUUGACGAAGCCAACCUGGGAAUUGUACAGGCCAUCCGCGAUGCUGCACCAGCAAAAUGAGAAUGUCGGGACGUCGGAUACCGACCACAUCCAGUGCCAUCCCUUCAACGCCACAACCAGCAACAGCCCACUGGUGUAUCCAAAGCCAAGACUGGUUGAUUCUGAGAGACUCAACACUUCAACCGACUGUAGUCCAGUGGCACAUGCAAAGCCAAGACAAGACUGUUCUGUGGUUCUGGAUGAUGUGCUGGCUUCACUGGAACUGUGCUCUGCAAGUGAUAAACCAGAGCCCACUGGCAACAGCCCACAGUCACACAGUGAUCGCAAGCAAGACAAAGAACAUCUUUAUAACAACCUGUUUAUGCAAGCAAUGUCUGACCCUGCUUCACUCAACUCACAGCAGCUUCUGCAGCUUGCACAGGCCAUCUGUCACACAGCACCCUUGAGCAUCGAGCACGCUGAACUGACUGCCAAGUUUUGCCACCAUAUUGCUUUGGUGAGCGACAGUGUGUUCCUGGAGGGCCUGUUGAAUGGCUGCCUCGAGUUGUUCGAGAGGCGGGAGGAGCUGAUGGGCCCACUUGAGGCAUCGAAGGGUGUGCCACUGCGCUGGACACCUUAUGUCUCCUUCGUGGCCAAGCUCCUGGUGGCAUUCAAGCCAUCGGACGGCGCUGGCACCGAUGCAGCUGGUGACACUGUCUACACCAGUGAUGACAAGAGGCCAAAUGGCAUCUGGAGUACUGUGCAGUCCCUGGCCGUACUGCUGAGCGAGUGCUUCUUCUUCAUUCUGCGCCCACCAUCCCUGGGCAGCCUUGCUGAGAUGGAGUGCCUGAAGUCAGCAAUGAUGGCUGCCGGCAAGACCAUGGAGCAGGCUGAACCACACCUGAUGCUUGUGCUGAUGAGACGACUGCGCGAUGCCUUCAUCGAAUCAACUACAUCGGCGCACUCACGCAAAGUCCUGCUGGAGCUAAUCGAGCUGCGUGCUUCAGGGUGGCAGCUGAAGUCUUCCGCCCAGCAGAUGUACUAUUAUCCACCCAGAGCAUUCCGUGCUCUCAAACAAACCAGUGACAAGGGCAGGGAUGCCACUCAACACACUUGAGAUCUUCUUUGACACCACAGUCAUUCAUGUAAGGGGGAAUUGAAAAUGGAUUUCGAUUCAUUGUAAACACAUUAUUUUACUUAUUUUGCACAUUGUGCAGUCUCCGUUGCAGCUCAAUGUUUAAACUGUUUCCUUUGUGACCGAGGGCUGAAUCAUUAUUACCACUUCCACUUGACGUGCCAACUUAAGGAAUGCAGUGUAGUUAAUAUUGGCAAACUGAGAGGUAGUCAUGGGGAGUCAUGGGGAGUCAUUCAUGUGAAGGCAGAGCUGAAACCGAGAGGGUACAACAUAAAUUCUGUUAUCGGCAUGUAAAUUUUAUUACAUAUUAACACACAAUACAACCGACAACCAGGUUGUACCUUGGCGUCAGUAUCAUUUCUUAUUGUAGCCGAGUGCUGAAGCGUUAUGCGUAGUUGCACAUUGUUGAUAGAUGCUUGCGUAUGUGCAAUUUUGUGAACAUUGGUAUUGAAACUGAAAGUCAAUCAUCCAAAGGCAGCAUAUGAAACAGGAUUCUGGGUACGGUUCCAUCUGAGACAUUUUAUUUUUAUGGGAAAUGUCUUGUAUAAAUCCUAUCCUCACAACUUUCUCUGAGACAAUAGUUUCAAAUUGUUCCAGUAUUUCAUUUCCGUUGACAACAAUCAUUUGAAUGUUAACAGCCCUACAUGUCAAAAUUAGAUAUGUUUCUGCACAUGUUACUUUUUCAUCGCAGGAAUUGGUCUCCUAGUCCACACGGUACUAGCUUAUGAUAAAAUGUUGCUUAUCUAAGAGCUCAAGAAAAAAUUCGCACCUCAGUCCUUUUCAGUUUUAACUUACUAGCAAUGAUGUUCAUUUACUGUGUUCCUACUGCUUCCAAAUAUAUUUGUUAUGCCAAGAAGAGCAUUCUUUAUCUUUAUUUUUUUUUCAGUGAAAUAAAGCCUUUUUUUUUUGCUACUCAAACAUUUUCUUAAUGAGUUGGCUUUUAAUUAAAUUUAUAUCUAACAAGUUUACAAAACGGCAAUAAAAAUUACAAGUGUGAAACAUGGCACACAUGGGAGUGUACAUUAUCCAAUUAUCUUUUGCAGCACAAGAGUAUGCUAAAGAAGGCAUACUAUUUUCGUCUGUAAUAAAGUUUUUUAUGCCGAC